CGUACGUACCGGUUGUUGAGCGACUCAUUCCGGUCACAGGUUUGCCAGUCAACGUGAAACCUUCGAGACGAUCGAGUAUCCUGGUGCGAUCGACGCACGCUAUGAGUGCAGGCGUCGGGUCAAUCCUGUGCGUGAUCCUCGGGAUGUCAGGAAUCCUUGCACCGCAUUCGGCAAACGGAAGUCCUUAUCGCGAUAGUUACACAUUAACACAUGCGAGAUUUGAUCAUAAUUACUUUGAGCAAAGGACGUUACGAGAGGAAAACGUUUUGGAUAAUAAGAGUAAUAGCUUACAGGAUAUCCAUAAUGACCAAAGAACAUGUCUAAAUUCCAAAGACGAGAAGACAGAAAGGAUUGAACUUGUUGACGUAAAUAACUCUCUUCAAGAGGCAUCUAGAGAAGUACACUGGGAUUAUGAUAACAACAGAGGUUUUUCUAUGUUUGGCCUAGUUGAAUCCUUGCUGUCCGUCAUAGCGAGUGGGCUCGGCACGGUCGUGAACAACAUUCUCGGUAGUGAGAAAAAGAAUUCACGUGCACAAACCAAUAGAAUAAAUUAUCGAAAUUAUCAAUUAAUCAGAGUGUUUCCCAACACGGAAAGCCACGUUGUUGAUCUGCACGACUUGAGAGAUGCAGAACCUGAAGAUGUGAAAUUUUGGUCCUUUCCAAAUCUUAAUAGAACUACCGACAUUAUCGUCUCACCAGAUCUCGUGGCCGACGUCAAGGAUUAUUUAAGAGACAAGAAGAUAGAUUUCAAAGUGUUAAUAUCGGAUGUUCAGAAAACAAUUUCUUUUCAAAAUCCGAAAAUGUCAAAAGAGCAACGCGAUGACUUGGUCACCAAUCAAGGCCACACGAUGACAUGGAAACGAUAUCAUAGAUAUGGAGAUAUCGUGCGCUACUUAGAAUACUUGGCCUCCAGGUAUCCCAAAAUCGUAGAAUUGACAACCAUCGGUCAUAGCUACGAAGGUCAACCGAUUAAAAUGGCAAAGGUGUCAACAGGUUUGAAGAAAGAUGGUGAAAGAAAACCCGCGAUUUGGAUCGAUGCCGGCAUGCACGGACGAGAAUGGAUCGGCAUCGCCGUUGCGACCUACAUACUGAGUCAGUUAGUUGAGAGGAACUCGACCUACUCGAAACUAUUGGACAAUUCGGACUGGAUGAUUUUGCCGGUUGCAAAUCCAGACGGUUACGAGUACACCCAUAUCGGCGACCGUUUAUGGCGAAAAACUAGAAGCAAUCACGUAGAAAGCCAAGAGGACAGCAGGUACACGCCUUCCAACUUGUUGCAGUUUGUAGCUCAUUACACCAGAUGGUUGUGGAGCAACUGCGAAGGAGUUGAUCCAAAUCGAAAUUUUGCCUAUCACUGGGGAGAGGAAAAAGAAAGAAGUUCCAGUUCAGAUCCUUGCCACGAAAACUACUCUGGACCUUUUGCUUUUUCCGAGCCGGAAACAAAAGCUAUAGCGGAUCAUAUCCUAGCAAACAAGCAACAUAUUCGAAUGUACUUAACUUUGCAUUCUUACUCGCAAAUGUGGUUGCUACCAUGGAGUCAUACACGCUCGAAACCUGCGGAUUAUUCUGACUUGAUGAACGUAGCAAAGAAAGCAAUUAACGCAAUCACAAAAGUCCACGGAACUCAUUAUCAAAUUGGUCCAACGACAGAUCUAAUGUAUCCAACUUCUGGAUCGUCCGAUGAUUGGGCAAAAGGUGUUGCCGGAAUAAAAUACGCGUAUACGAUAGAACUGCGCGAUCGCGGAACGUAUGGAUUUUUGUUGCCUGCGACUCAGAUAGUUCCAACUGCGCGUGAAAUUUGGGCGGGAAUCCGCGCAGUCGCCCGCGUGGUCACUUGCAACAUGUAAAAUCGUAUUUUUCUAAUACACAUUAUAUCUAAGUAAUAAUUAAUAUUUCUUUGGGGGCUGAUGGUACGCAGAUAAGCAUUUUUUUUUUUGUGACAUCUAUGACUCGAGUGUCAUCAUCUCGAUAGAUAUCAUUAAAUGAAGAAUGGACGUGCAUCAUCAGAUAUGACAUUGUUAUCGAAAUAAAUUACACGAGCUACGAUGACAACCAGAGAUAAAUUAAUUGGAAACAAAGAACGCAUUAUCUGAUUUUUUUGUCAAUUCCGAGAUUACAAAACACACUUAUGAAAGUGCCUUAGCACUAGAAUUUCAUUCAUUCUAUUACUACAUUAUUCAAAAAGUUUGAUUUUAUUGGCUUUGACUUAAAAAAGUGUUAGAUACCAUGUUUUAUAAAAACUAUUCUGAUUUUUUUAACAAUUUAGCAAGUAGAUUUUUAUAGUUAUAAUUGUACAUUACCGCUUCUAGAUUAUGCUCAACAUAUUUUUGCGUAUGCAGAAAAUUAAGUUUAUAAUUUGCAUAUAGUAACGUAAUAUAUGUACGUGUGUAUAAUGUAAUAUACAUAAAAAUGUAAUAUAUAUAUGUAUAUUUAUUUUACAUUAAAGAGCGCUUGUGUGAAUGUGGAAAUG